AUGGUAGAUCAAGCCAUCCUUGCCGAAGAGGACCGUGUCGUCGUCGUGCGUUUUGGUCACGAUUGGGAUCCCACAUGCAUGCGGAUGGAUGAGGUCCCUGAUUUCAACAAGAUGUAUGAGUUGUACGAUCCUUGUACUGUGAUGUUCUUCUUCAGAAACAAGCAUAUUAUGGUCGAUUUGGGUACUGGUAACAAUAACAAAAUCAACUGGCCUAUCACCGAUGGGCAAGAGCUCAUCGAUAUUAUUGAAACAGUGUACAGAGGCGCUCGCAAAGGUCGUGGUUUGGUGGUUUCGCCGAAGGACUACUCAACGAAAUAUAAAUAUUGA